UUAGAAUGGCGUCGUCACGAGAAUCCUCACAUUUCAGUAUGACAAUUGAAAAUCCGGAUGGUUUUGAUUCGUUUUUGAAAUCCAUAAUUGAAGGAGCAGUUGUUGGAGCUCAAAGGGCAGUAUCAGCUUCGGUACCAGCAUCGGAAUUGGCUGAUUUCAAAAAUCGCGCGUGUCCAAUAUGCAACAAAAUGCUUGCGUCAAAGAAAAAUCGAGACCGGCACAUCGCAAAUAUUCAUAAACAAAGACAGGAGGACGAUGCAAAUGAAACAACGGAUGAAAGUGGCCUUAAACGCAAGCCGAAUGAUUCUCAAACGAUGAAUGGACAAAAUCUCAAUCACCAAAAGAAUUGUUCGGUCGGUGGUACAAGCGAUCCAACCCACCGUUCGUGUACUAAAAACUCCAAAAGAACUGUACCAAUGCCAGUCAACCUAGAUGUGGACAUAAAAUGUGAACUGGUUGAAUAAUUACAUCAACCUUCAUCCACUGAACACGAUCCUUCAUAAAAAUUGUCUAAACCGUAUACAUUUACGAACAUUUUUCAUAAAAAACAAACUCCAUCAGAUGCCAUUCAAUUCGCCGAAUCGAGCUCAUCUUAUUUUGUGUUUUAAAU